AGACCUGUUUUCUGUUGUUGCCAUCAUGUUGAAUAAAAAUAAAGAAGACAUUGUUUUGCCUCGUAUCGCUAAUAAACAAACACACCGUAGUAAUGUGCCCUCUCAUAGCUCUGAAGAGUAUUACAAUUUUAAUAUUUUUUUGCCAUUUCUCGACUAUAUCAGAUCACAGCUUUGUGAUAGAUUUCAGAAACACAAAUCUUUAAUAAGUUCAUUACAACAAAUCAUUCCAAGUAAAUGUAUAAUCGCUACCAAUGAAGAAAUAAACGACUGUGUAAACUUUUAUUCUCAGAUAUUGAUUGAGCCUAAUGCUUUCAAAGCUGAAUUUACAAUAUGGAAGACAAAGUGGCUAAAAGAAGGAUCUCGCCCAAAAACAGCAAUUGCAGGACUUGACAAUUGUAACCCUCUUUUAUUUCCUAACAUAAGGAAACUUCUACAAGUCUUAGUUACUAUGCCUAUGUCAACAGCGACACCAGAAAGAACAUUUUCAUCUUUAAAAAGAUUGAAAACGUAUCUCAGAAAUUCGACUGGUGAAACACGCCUCAAUGGAUUGGCUUUAAUGUCAGUUCACCGGGACAUCAAUGUUGAUCCAGAAGAGGUACUUACUCAGUUUUCAAAAUCAUCAAGAAAAAUAAUGUUACUUUAAAAUUAAUAAUCCUAUAAAUUGUCAAAUUAAAAAAUG